GUUUGAACAAGCACAUGUUCUCACGUGCACAUAAUUCUCAUUUAUGUUUUCUAAAUAAACUUUUAAGAUAUAAUCUUAAUAUUUUAUUGAACAAUGGAGUACGACAAUACCAAAAAAAUUGCUAUAAACAAUCAUAUUGUUUCACUCAGACAUGCAGUUCGUAAAGCACGUGUUGGAGUGAUUUGGAAACUCAGCAAAGAAAUAAAACAUCUAAAAUCAAGACAACAUGGAGAUGAGAAAAUAAUUAAGAAGUGUCAUCGAAAAGCUGAAAAAUUUAUCAAAGAAGUUCAUCUAUUAAAAAAAAUUAAAGAUGAUGAAGUAACGAGAUUUGCUAUCAUGAAUUUUGAAAUACUACAAGAUACUUCAUCCGAUAAGAAGAUUGAUUUAAAAACAGAAGCAAUACGAAGAUUGGCUUCUCACAAAGCUUUAAAGAGCAAAAUAGAAGAAUUGAGAAAAACUUAUCCAGAUUAUCAGAUUUAUUUACAAUCAAAAAAUUCUAAUUUAUCGGUUUCAUCAAAUGUAAAAGAUAAAACAAAGUUAGAGCCGACGAUAAAUAAUGAGUGGGAAGUACAAGAUGUUUCUGAUGUUACAACCGAAGUAGAAAAAACUAAUGAUAGUACAGAAAAAAUAUCUAACGAAUCAAUGGAUACAAAUGAAAGUAUUACAGAAGAGGCCAGUGAAUCAAUUAACAAAUCCGACACAGUAAUAAGAAAGAAAAGUAGCACAAAAAAUAAAGACAAGAAAAGCCCAAAAUGUAUAAUAGAUAGCUUUAAAGAUGAUACAUCCGAUAAACUAUGUAAAGAUAAAACUGUUAAAAUUAUUAGUGAAUUAGCAGAAGUGAAAAAACUACAUAUAACUGAUAAUUCUAUAAAACCGGAGGAAGUUGUAAAACAAAAUUUUAUCCUUAAUAGUAACAGUAAUCAAGAUGAAGGAAAUGAAGUAAAUAGCAAUAAAAUACAAGUAAAUCGAGAAAUUGACUCGUUUUUCUUGACGGGCAAUAAUAAUGAAAAUUAUAUGUCAAUUGCUGUACCUGAAUCACAGACUUCUAACGAUGAGAGAAGAUGGAAUGAUAAUACCGAUAAAUUUAAUCAUAAGAAAAAACAUUUUAUAACAAAUAUACGAGAGCAAGAUAAAAGAAAUAAUCGUUUCAAUAUUAAUGAGAAUACAAAUCGACGAAAUAGACGUGAUAAACAACAAAUAAAAAGUGUUUCUACUGAUAAAGCUGAAUUACAUCCAUCCUGGGCUGCAAGAAAAAAACAACAAGACAUCAUGAAGGUAGCAUUCCAAGGGAAAAAAAUAAUUUUCAGUGAUGAUUAAAAUGAAACAUUCAUAUCUUAUUUAAAAUUAUUUUAAAUAUUUUAUAAACAUAUGAAAUAAAUUAUUAUUUAAAUCAUAAAAA